AUGAAACCUACCGUCGGCAGUGUCGUCAAACUGCCAAAACUGAAGUCCGAAGAUUACAACGAGAGCAAUGACAUCGCACGAACACUGGCCGAGAAGACACGCAGUCUUCGACUUUAUGCGUUGAAGACGGCACCAGAUGCCUUUGCUUCGUCAUACGAAGAUGAAGUUCAGAGAGACUUGACACACACUCUCGACCGGUUGGGAACUCAUAAUGCCGCCCACUUCUUUGCUGUCGACCGUGCGAUAGAUCCGUGGGCCGAGAAGCGUCACAACGAAUUCUUCGCAGAAUUAUUCUCCGCCAAAUUCGUGGGAUCGAUGGUAAUCGUUGGGCCACUUGCGAGGGAGAGUUUUUCGGCAAAGAAAGGCCCUCUUUCCGUGGGCGCAGACCGAGACUCGACGAGGGGUAAAGAACCAUCCAGCGAGCCAUCACAUUACAUCCUCAACGGCACAUUCGUUGAUCCAGAAGCAAGGCGAUCUGGAUUCGGCAGGAGGCUAAUAGAAGCGGCACUUGCUACUGGUCAGGAAGAUGCGUCUAACCGUGGAUAUGACUUUCUCUGUACGGUCUUGGUCGACUCGGAGAAUGUAGCAGCUCAGGCGCUCUACGAAAAGGCUGGAUUCUCGGUGUCGGGUGAGGAGAAGUACGUCCAGCGACCACGGGCGCAGAUGGGUGAGUCGAAGUCGGCGGAGGGAGUGGCAAUCAAGUUGGAGCUCAGGCGGGCGUUGGCUGCUGAGUCGAAGGCAUUGUGA